AGAAGACGAAUAAUGAGAAAAAAUCUAACUGAUCAACCCUUUUUGUCUCUGCCUCUUGUGAGUUUUCAAAAUUCUGUGAAGUUUGCGUACCCUGUCUGAAAAGGCCAACAUCCGUGAUUAACAGCGUUUCAUUCGUUGACCCAUCGUGGGUAGGAGCCACACGCAUCACAGGCUACAACAACUACAACAAUUGUUGGCAGCUACCCGAUUCUCGGCCCACUCUCCAUCGUGGGCAUGUGCCUAAUUGUUCUCGCAUAUCGCCAUUAACACCGGCAUUGGCUUGUCGGCCAUUGCAGCUACGUGGCGGUAACACCGAGGUUCAAAAAAAAGAAAUGUCACACAGCGAAGAUUACGACGUCUUUCCUACCAACGAGUGGAAGACACAGCUGGACUUCGACCGGCCGUGCGGCGCGGUGAACUCCGAGGAGACGUGCUGGCUGUGCGGCGAGCUUACGCCGUGGAACCGACUGAUGCACGAGCUCGCCUUCGAGCUCGUCGAGACCACUCCGGGGACGCUGCUCCUGCGCGCCAUGUCCAACGUGGAGGCGGACGGAGACCCCGCGACGGUGGCUCGCGAGGCGUCGCUUCUCACGUCGUGGCUCCUGUGCCGACACCUCUGCAUCCGGGAGCUGGACGUGACCUGCCUGGUUCGCGACGGCGCCCCCGCGGACCAACCGUCCUUCCCGAUCCACGUCCGCCCCCCGUCGUCCUCGUCGUCGCCGUCCCGGCGCAGGUUCCGCACGCUGAACAUCACCGAGAGCGCCGGCGCCCGCCUGUACCUCCGAGGCGUGGACGCCGUGGUCGAUCUCGAGACGCUCUUCGUCGACGCUUCCGAGACCAACCGGCACUUCGCGGCCGAAAUCGACGCGCUCCUGGAGCGCAACCGCCACACGCUGAAGAAGGUCUACAUCUGCGAACACAGCCCGCAGAGACGCGACGGACUGAGGAUGGUCGAGAGCCUGGUCGCUUGCGAGUUCCUCACGCUCAAGUCGCCCCACAAUAAGAGCAGGAUGCCGGACAUGGACGCCAUGGUGAGGCUCAUGUGCGCGUCGACCAGCCUGAAGGAAGUCACGGCCCAGCCGAUCCUACAGGGAGAGGUUUCGGUCAUCGCCAAGGCUCUCGAAACGAAUCUCACCUUGACGAAGCUGUCGCUCUACGUAGAGACGCGUGGUUCGAUCGAGGAACUGUUCAGGGCCCUUCAGGCCAACAGAAGCCUGAAGGAACUCCUGCUCUACUGCUGCCUGUUCAUCGACACCAGAUGCAUGCGAGCCGUGGCGUCUGCUCUGCGGAAGAACGCUUCUCUCCGAGCGCUCUACAUGGGAGUUGUGUUCCUCGACAACUGCGAAGGGCUGGAACAGUGGUCGCAAGCUCUGUCGGAAAAUUGCACCUUGCAGUUUCUCCGCAUAUACUGCGGUAAUAUUUCCAUGAGGGACAUUUCUGCUCUCUGCAAAGCGCUGCAGGUUAACAAGAGCCUGAAGAAAUUCAUGCUUCCGGGAGCCAUGGGUUCCGAAGAAGAAAGGACGUCUCUGGCACGGCAGCUGCUUGAAGACGAGUGUUACGACCGCGUGCAACUCGGGCCCUGGACGGAACCCUAUCUCCGCAUCCUCGCAUCGGUGCUGGUGUCAUCGCACAAGAGCCCCGAGCAGCUCUGGCUGCCGGACAUUGGUCAGCUGUCACUCGACAGCGUCAGCGUCCUCUUCAACGCCUUGGCCUCGAGCAAGCGGGUGGACAGCCUCACCGUCGACGUCAAGCACGAGCCCGACGCCAGGGUCGCUCUUCUGUGCGAGGCGUUGAAGAGGAAUCGAUCCAUCGGGUUCCUCCGCAUCGACAUCGAGGACGGGGACUCGGCGAACGACAUUCUACGCGCGCUGACCGUCAACGCGGCCAUAACCGAGCUGGACAUAACGCUCCGGGUACCCGCCGCCGAGGAGACGAUGGCAGCGUUCUGCGGCAUGUUGGCGCGCAACGACGCCGUCACGAACAUCUCGGCCUGGUUGCACGUCGACUGCCCCGGACGAUUCAUGGAAGCGAUCGCCCGAGGAAUGUCGGCCAACAGGCUCGUCGUCAACUUCCAGUGCUGGGCCGGUGACAACACGUGCGUGCCGUCGCCGAUUCUCGAGUCGGUGCGGAGGAACAAAUCCGCGCUGAACCGCGCCGUCGAGUUCGUUCUGCGCCGCCGCGAAGACAGGCACAGCGCGGAGUGCUUCGAGUUGUUCUCCGACAGAUCCUGCCUGCUCGCUCACCUGACGGAAACCGGCGGGUUGUCGGACGUCGAGGCCCGGCUCGAGGUCGCUUCGGCCGAGCACCGCCUGCGGGACAAGUACCUGCUGCUCACGGGCGUUGUUCGGCACUCCGUCGUUUGCUGGCCCGCUGACGUCACGCAGAUUGAUGCGCUCAACGCUUACUGCUGGCGCGCCAUUGCGCGUUACCUGAGGGUCACUGACGUUCGCGUUCAAUAAUUGCACUCCUUUUAGUCUUCUUUUUUUGAGGG